UUUUAAUGUGAAGUAUACAAAUUUCUCUACAGUGAAAAGGCGAAAACAAACGAACAAAAUUUUGAAGUAGCAUUUAAGGCAGUCGCCAAUUUUCCUUCUUCGACUGCGUAAUUCGCCGAUAAUUUUGUUCGGAGAUAUUAGAAGGAAUUUGUUUAUCGUUUCUUCGCCCUAGAGUAGAUCAGGAUCAGGCAGGAUGUCGAUUUCGGUAUUCUCGAUGUGGCGUUGAAGUGUGCUCGUGUUGAAUUCUUAGGUUUUGUUUGUCUGCUGCCGAUGCUUCUGAAAUUUAGUUGUUGAUGCGUGAUUUUGUUUUGUAGAGCUUGAGAUUUGUAGUUUGUGCCCGAUCAUAAUGGCGAGGAUCAAACCUCAAGCUCUCUUACAACAGAGUAAGAAGAAGAAGGGCCCGAGUGGAGUCAGUGUUGUCACAAUUGCAAUUUACGGCAUGGUGGUUGUUGUCAUGACGUUUUUUCUUUUUGCUUCAUACAGACACUGGGCUCAAAGGUCAGCAUAUCCGACAGAGGAUACAUUCUCAAGUACAGAGCAUGAUAGUUCAUUUGGAGAUUCAAAGAAAACUGAUAUCCCCAAAUAUGCUGUAAUACAAACCUCAAAAGGCUCGGUUACUGUGGAACUCUACAAGGAAGGCUCUCCUGAAGUUGUUUACGAAUUUGUUCAGGCGUGCCAAAAUGGCCGCUUCAAAGGAAUGCUCUUCAAUCGUGUAAUAAAGAACUUUGUAAUUCAAGGAGGUGAUGUCAAUAGACCCGGAACCACUGAAGAUUGGACUUCUAGGGGACAGCAUUACAAUCACCUCGAUACAAGCCUUAAGCAUGAAGCAUUUAUGCUGGGCACUUCCAAGACAAAACCUGAUGGUGAGGUAUUCGACCUUUUCAUUACAACAGCACCUAUCCCUGAUCUAAAUGAGAAAAUCAAUGUAUUCGGACGCGUUAUUAAGGGUGAAGAUGUUGUCCAGGAAAUCGAAGAAGCAGACACAGACGAGCAUUAUCGUCCUAAAGCACCCAUAGGGAUCACAGACGUCACCCUGAAAACAGAAUAAGCGAUGAAGGCCGGGUGUUUUGUUAUAGCGUAGGAUAAAAUCAUCUGAGUAUUAAAGAAGGAUCUUCUGACCGAGUCACUUUCUGUUCUUGUAGCCCCGUCACGUUAUCCCGUUAAACCCGUGAAGCUCUCGUUCCCCACCUACGACAUUCAUUCGAUCUAUUUGUAUAAACCUGUUCUGUUUAGCUUCACUUUUUAUAAUUUUGAUUCUUUUUUCCUUUGUAUACACUCGUUUUGUAUAUCAUUUGUGUCUUUAAA